AGAGAAUCUCAAAAACAGGUGCAGAGUAAAGACUCUCCAAGGCAGGUGCAAGGAAGAGAAUCUCCCUGGCAGGUGCAGAGUAGAGAAUGUCUCAGGAUGGUGCUGAUUGGGAAGACUGGCAGCGGGAAGAGUGCCACUGCAAACACUAUUUUGGGCAAAGAAUGCUUCAGCUCAGAAGCCAGCAGUAAGUCAGUGACCAGGCAUUGCAAAAAGCAACAGGGAGAGAUUGAUGGCCGGCCUUUUGCUGUGGUUGACACCCCCGGCUUGUUCGACACAACUCUGACCAAUGAUGAAGUUCAACAGGAGCUUGUGAAAUGCAUCAACAUGUUGGCUCCUGGACCCCAUGUGUUCUUAUUAGUGCUGCAGAUCGGACGCUUUACACAAGAGGAAAAAGACACUGUGGAACUUAUCAAGACGUUUUUUGGCACGAAAUCAGAAGACUUCAUUAUUAUUAUAUUCACCAGAGGAGAUGAUCUAAAAAAUCUAACAAUUGAACAAUACAUAGAAAAAGACACUGAGGACUACAUCAACAAACUGACAACUGAAUGUGGAGGAAGAUACCAGGUCUUCAACAACAACGAUCAGGAGAAUCGUUCUCAAGUCAGCCAGCUGUUGACGAAGAUUGAGUCAAUGGUGAAGAAAAAUGGUGGAAGCUACUACACCUCAGAAAUGUUCAGAGAGGCGGAGGCAGCAAUACAAAAGGAAAUGGAGAGAAUAUGGAAUGAGACGGAAGAAAAGAUACAGAAACAGAGGGUGGACCUUGAAAGAAAACAUGCAGCAAAAGUGCAAGAGAAGAAGCAAAAGAUUGAACAAGAAAGAGCAGAGACAGACAAAGCACUCAAGGAAAAGGAGGAACGCAUUAAUAAAGAGCAGGAGAAAAGGACCAGGGCAGUGGUAAAAAGAGCAAUAGAGCAAAGGGAGAGUAGAAGGCAAGAAGAAAUUCAGCGACAGCAAUGGGAGCAAAAAAUUUCAAUUUUUCAGAAUAAAUCUGGAUCAGAAAAAAAGAGGAAUGCUGACAGAAAGCCGAUUCAAAGUAGAGAUGAAAGACAAAGAGAACAAGAGGCUUGGGAGAGACAACAAAAAGAAUGGUGGGAGAAAAGACAUCAAGAAAAUCUACAGAGACAAGAGGAGGAGCAAGCACGACUGGAAAAGCUCAGAGAAGAAUACAGGCAAGAAAAAGAGGAAUACGAACAAAGGAGAAAAGAGGAAGAUCGAAUGAGAAGGUUGCAGGAGCAAAAAGAAUGGAAAGAAUUGCAAGAACAUUUUCAGAAGAAAGGGGAGGAAAUGAGGAAGAAAGCUGAAGAGGAGGCCAGAAAACAAGCUGAAGAAUUCAAUGAGUUUAAACAGAGAUACACCACUGACUUUGCAGGUCUGGUAGAAAAACAUAACAAGGAAAUUGAGGUCAUGAAGCAAAAGCAACAAAAAAACAAUGACUUCAUGAUACAGAAACUGUGCAUGAACAGAGCCUAUCAAAAAGAUUAUGAUACGCUAAAAAAGAAACAAGAAGUAGAAAUAAAUUACCUCAAACAGAAAAUUUCAACACAAAACAAAGAAAUCAAUGAACUCAAGACAACACAUGAAGAAGAAAUAAAUGACUGGAUACAGGAACAUAUGAAGAAAGCCACAGAACACAAGUCCUGUUGCAUUUUAUGAGAUACUUUCUCACAACAGCAAGGUUUUCAUUUGAACACUGGUAGAUUUUUGUAUUUACAUAACCUGCCUUGUAAGUUUAUCUUCAAAAUCUUCUGAGAAAAAUACUUUAAUAGGCAGUGCUAGAACAGUUGCAUGAGCUCAUAGUUGAUGAUGAAACGAAUUAUACAUUUCAUUCUAGCUUUAGGAGGGGCCACAGUAUGAAAUGUAGAUAUAAGUAAGGGACCCACUGCGCGUCGGACGGUUGCCUCUACAAAGUUCAUUAAUUCCUGAUUAUGGACACCUCGAAGGGCAUUAUGCCGCUUAUACCAUGAUCACUUGCCAAAGAAAAGAACCAUUAAUCCAUUAAUUUAUAUUUUCAUGCAUUUUAGUUUUCACAAGCCAAACCUUAAUUUCCCUGGUAACACCUGAGGGUUUGACUAAUACCUGGAACAAUCAUUACCCUCCCAUAAGGUUCUUGUGCAACGGAAACGUUGUUCACUCCUCCAGUAAAUAGGAUGGACCUUAGAUACGACUUGGCAACCGGAGAUAUUCUAGUCCACUCAGUGAUGAG